AUGGCGAUCGUGGGAGGAGGUAGUAUCGUGCUUGUGGGAAUGUGCGCCGCCUUGGUUUUCAGAUCCUAUUACAAGCGAAGGCUGUCUGGCAUAGCUGAUGUCAAGGACACAGAGUCACUCGCUGUAGUGGCAUUGACGGCGACAUCGAGGCAGGAAGAGCAACCAGAAGUUUCUCACGCCGUGCUUCGUACAAAUCCUAGCAUCAAUGACGGUAGGGUCGAGGAGGUGCCAUCAGAAAUCGCUUUCGCCCCCAGUUCCCAGUCUCUGCAGGUCGAAGUUGGAGAGGGAUACCCAGAGCAGAUCCAGAACCAGCCACUUGCAGGGCCUUCUAAUCAACAUCAACGUCGCUCUACUUCCUAUCCAAACACAUCAUCGUCUGCAUAUCAUCAUGAUAGUGAUCUCGACUCCGCUUCCUUCCACACGAAUCGUGCAUCCUCCUCACGUCCCGGCUCUUUUCCCAUUCGCCCGCUGCCACCCAUACCGCGUUCCCGCCCUGGCAGCAGCAUAACCACAAACCCAAGACAUUCAUUAACGCCUAUCCUUACCGAGUUUCAUAUGGCUGCAGUAGACCCAGGCCCCUCCCGCCGUUGGACUGAUGCGCAUGUCUUUCAAAGAGAAGUGCGGCGCCGGGAGUCCAGGACAGGUCUAUCAACGGCGCAUAGCCAGAGCUCGAUAUUCUCACUCCCACCACCAAGCUAUAACUCCGCGAGGCUGCCUGCGUACCAGCUUCCCGGCGAAGAGGUUCCGCCACUACCCGGCCAGUAUCGCCUGGGAGCAGGCAGUGGAGAUGGCAGCUGGUACAUUAAAGACGACCUUGCAAAGCAAGAACACUUGAAAAUGAGCAGAGGCCACAUAUCGCCAGAGUCACGCAUCAUCGGCUCUGCCGGAGAAAUUGGGUUCCGCCGCCCGCGAGACGUCAACGAGCCACUCGUGCGAGGACAAGUCGGGCCCACCGCCAGAGGUCAAAGGAAAAUCGUGGCCGAGAGUUGA